AUGACGCAAAACUAUCGCACUCAGAAAGUGGCUUGGCUGGAAUCUUGCACCUUUCUCGCAGACGUUCUUACCCGGUAUAGCUUGGUGGAGCGGGAAUAUCAAAAGGACCUGAAUACCGAUCAAUGCAUUGAGACAGCUCUCGUCCAGGUAUACAUCGCAGUCUUAACUUUCGCUGCCCAAGUCCAGUCACUUUAUAACCGCAGCCGUGCCGUCUUGAUCUGGAAGAGUAUCUCUGAAGAUUCUCUUUUCGAUCUCCAAAAAUCCAUUGAUGAGGCGGAGUCACAUCUGGGCCGAUGGCUUAAGAUAGUUGACCGGCAUGAACAGAGAGACAGGGGAAAGCAGCUUCUCGAAAAGGCAGACAGAAUGCUUACUAAUAUUGACCAAGUGAUAGACUCACUUAAUGAACUUAAUGGCAAGAUGGUCCUUGCGGAGCUCAAAAUUGCAGAGGAGGCUCAUUACAACGCAAAUACUGGAGAGGAGUAUCAGGAAUGUCUGCAAGAGACUCGAACUGAACUCCUUAAGGACAUCAGGAGUUGGGCUACCGAUCCGGAUAGAAAAGCCGUGUUUUGGCUGCAGGGCAUGGCAGGAACGGGAAAGUCAACCGUGUCACGGACAGUAGCUCGGUGGUUGGACGGCGAGGGUUUGCUAGGUGGCAGCUUCUUCUUCAAGAAGGGUGGAACAGACCGAGAAGACGCCAAACGACUCUUCACCACCCUUACUAAACAAAUAUUGGAAAGAUUACCUCAGCUUCAGGAACCAGUCAAGAGGGCAAUCAAGGAAACGCGUGGUAUUGGAAGCAACAAUCCACAAGAACAGUUCAACGAAUUGCUUUUCAAGCCACUCAAGAGCCUUAAUAUUGGAUUAAAAUCCCCGUUGAUCCUGGUAGUUGUCAUCGACGCCCUGGAUGAGUGUCAAGUGCCAGCUGAUGUCGCGGCCCUUUUUUCAACUUUGCCAAAAUUGACCGACUUGAAGAAUGUUCAACUACGAGUCUUUAUCACUAGUAGGCCAGAACCACCCGUCAUUAAAGGGUUUCGAUCAAUCGGCAAUGAUGAGAUUAUUCUCCAUCAGAUUGAGAGGUCGAUUAUCGAGCAUGAUAUAUCAGUCUUUCUCCGGGAAAGGUUUCAGAGGAUUAGAGAUGAUCAUGGACUGGCGAAAAACUGGCCCGGGGAAGAGACCCACAAAGCCCUAGUAAAUAUGGCUGUCCCUCUAUUCAUUCAUGCCGCGACAAUAUAUCGAUUCAUCAAUUGUGAAGGAGAACUUCCGAACGACCGACUGCAAGCAAUAUUAUCUUCACACUCGAGCGAUGGAAUGGAGAAAAUCGACGGCGAGUAUUCAAAGUUGACAGGUAUCUAUCUCCCAGUUUUAAAGCAUAUUGUAUCGCAGAAAGAGUCGAGAGAACUCAGAUGCUGGAUGGAUGACUUUCGCCGAAUCGUGGGUGCCACUGUUCUUCUCUUCAGCCCACUCUCAUCCGUCUCCCUGGCCAAGCUCAUUUGUUCAGACAAAGCGAAAGUUCAAGUCAGAUUCAGUACUCUCCAGUCUGUGGUGUCAGUGCCAAAAGACAGUGACGCCCCUGUUCAGCUUCUUCAUCUCUCGUUUCGAGAAUUUCUGGUUGAUCAUUCAGCAUCCGGCGAGUUCUGGAUUGACGAACUGGCAGGUCAUACACAGCUUACCAAGGAUUGUCUUGAGUGUAUGAAUCGAGAAUUAAAGAGAGAUAUAGGCCGUCUUUCAAACCCAGGCGUAAGAAAAGAUGAAAUUGAAAAGACGCUACUUGAGAGUUAUGUUUCACCUGAGCUUCGAUACGCUUGUCGAUACUGGAUACGCCAUCUAGAGAAUGGUGACCAGUCUGGCAUUAACUGGAGACUAAUAGAAGACUUUUUGAAGUUGCAUUUCUUGCAUUGGUUGGAAGUGAUGAGCCUUCUUGGAUGGGUUUCGGAAACGAUUGGAAGCAUUACGGCUUUACAGUCCCUGGCAAAGGUCAGUGACGUUGAACUGGAACCAAAAGAUUAA